GCUGUUCCACAAAUCAGCUGCAACCCCUCAGAAAACAACAAAUUCUUGGGACCCACCUUGAGAUUUUUGCAACAACACUGGCUGGGGUUUUGAAGCUGCCUGGCAGCGAGGAAUUCCCAAAAAUUGAAUUCUGCAGGAUCGUGGGAGGAGGAUGGGGCUGCAGCACAGCCGGGACACGGCGGGGCCCAGGAGAGGAUGUGUGAGCUGCACCCCGUCGGAGCAGCGACUCCUCCUGUGAGACAUGGAUCGAUGCAAACAUGUGGGGCGGCUACGACUCGCCCAGGACCACUCGAUCCUGAACCCUCAGAAGUGGCAGUGCGUUGUUUGCCACACCACCGAGUCGCUCUGGGCCUGCCUCAAGUGCUCGCACGUGGCGUGCGGCCGCUACAUCGAGGAGCACGCCCUGAGGCACUUCCAGGAGAGCCGGCACCCCUUGGCCAUGGAGGUGCACGAGCUCUACGUCUUCUGUUACCUCUGCCAGGAUUACGUGCUCAAUGACAACCCCGAGGGCGACCUGAAGCUGCUGAGGAGCUCGCUGUCGGCCAUCAAGGGCCAGAGGAGCGGGAGGACGCUGCGCUCCACGGCGCUGGCCGAGGACGCCUGGAGGAGGAGGAGCCCUCAGGGCCAGUCCCAGAUGCUGACGGCGCUGUGGCACCGGCGCCAGGCCCUGCUGGCGAGGGCCCUGCGCACCUGGUUCCACAGGAGCUCCCGGGGACAGCUGAAACUGAAGGAGAAGAAGCAGAUGGAGGAGCUGGAGAGGAAGAAGGAGGCGGCUCGGCAGCGGCGGCGCGAGAUGAAGAGGCAGCUCCUGGAGGAGCUGGCCAGCACUCCCCCCAGGAAGAGCGCCAGGCUGCUGUCCCACGUGCACGGCGAGAGCUUGAUCCCAAGGAAAUUCAGGGAGGUGGCCACGGCUUCCCCUACCUCAAGGCAGAGAUUGAAGCAGUUCUACUCCAUCCGCCGGCAGCCCCUGAUGACGCCCGGGGUGACGGGGCUGAGGAACCUGGGCAACACUUGCUACAUGAACUCCAUCCUGCAGGUGCUCAGCCACCUCCAGAAGUUCAGAGAAUGUUUCUUGACUCUUGAUCUCUGUGAAACAGAAGAACUUUUAGCUAAAACUGUGAACGGGAGGGCCAGGAUGCCAGGCAGGCUGGCAAACGGAGCCGCUGCCAGCGAGCCGGGGAAGCCUGACAAGGUUCAGAGCUCCCCGGGCUCCAUGAACGGCGGCUCCUCCAUCAGCCGCAGCUUGGAGCUGAUCCAGCCCAAGGAGCCCAGCUCCAAGCACAUCUCCCUGUGCCACGAGCUGCACACGCUGUUCAGGGUGAUGUGGUCUGGCAAGUGGGCCCUGGUGUCGCCCUUCGCCAUGCUGCACUCCGUGUGGAGCCUGAUCCCCGCCUUCCGCGGCUACGACCAGCAGGACGCGCAGGAGUUCCUGUGCGAGCUCCUGGACAAGGUGCAGCAGGAGCUCGAGUCCGAGGGCAGCAGCAGGCGCAGGAUCCUCAUCCCCUUCUCGCAGAGGAAGCUCACCAAGCAGGUCCUCAAGGUGGUCAACACCAUCUUCCACGGGCAGCUGCUCAGCCAGGUCACCUGCAGGACGUGCAACUACAAAUCCAACACGGUGGAGCCCUUCUGGGACCUGUCCCUGGAGUUCCCCGAGCGCUACCACGCCCUGGCCAGGGGGCUGCUGCCCGAGCCCCAGGCACAGUGCCUGCUCACCGAGAUGCUGGCCAAGUUCACCGAGAGCGAGGCCCUGGAGGGCAGGAUCUACGCCUGUGACCGCUGCAACAGCAAAAGGCGAAAAUCUUCUCCCAAACCUCUUGUUCUGAGUGAAGCUAAAAAGCAGUUGCUGAUCUACAGACUACCUCAGGUCCUCCGGCUGCACCUUAAACGCUUCAGGUGGUCUGAGCGCAAUCACCGCGAGAAGAUCGGGGUGCACGUGCUCUUUGAGCAGGUGCUGAACAUGGAGCCGUUCUGCUGCAGGGACCCGCCGGCCUCCCCGGGCACGGCCUGCUGCGUGUACGACCUGUCGGCCGUGGUGAUGCAUCACGGCAAGGGCUUCGGCUCGGGGCACUACACGGCCUACUGCUACAACACCGAGGGCGGAUUUUGGGUGCACUGCAAUGACUCGCGGCUGAAUGUGUGCAGUGUGGAGGAGGUGUGCCAGACGCAGGCCUACAUCCUCUUCUACACGCAGAGAACGCUGCAGGGCACGGCAGCAGUGCCACACAAACCGCUCCACACUCAGGUGUUCGCCACCCACAGCCAGUGACAGGGACACAGAGGGACACUGGCACCAGGGAAACGCUCCGGCUGCGCUGGGCACUGCUGGGGCUCAGCCCGCCCUGAUCUGGGGAA